GGGGCCUCGCCCACAGUUCCUCGGGUACCAUCUUGACUCCUCCUGAGGGCGGGAGGGGUGAACCUUGGAUACGACUGGGCGGUGGUAUCUGGAAAUUUAGUAGGCUCCGUGAUGUAACCUCCCUCCAUGAAGGCAGGAUUCAUUUUAUAUUUGGUUCAGGAUGUAUCCCGAAAACCUCCAGCCGUAUCAGGCCAUGGAAGACACCCAGACUAUUGACUGGGCUGUUGAGGAAGAAGAGGAGAUAGAGCAAUCCAGUGACUCCUUGGGGUGUAGCUUGGAACCUAUAGGCCAACUGCGUGUCUUUGGUGGUGCCUAUGGACCAGAAAAAGAUUUCCCACUGUACCUCGGGAAGAAUGUGGUAGGCCGAAUGCCUGAUUGCUCAGUGGCCCUGCCCUUUCCAUCUAUUUCCAAACAACAUGCAGUGAUUGAAAUCUCAGCACGGAACAAGGCACCUGUCCUUCAGGAUUGUGGGAGCCUCAAUGGUACCCAGAUCCUGAGGCCGCCUAGGGUCCUGAGCCCAGGGGUGAGUCAUCCUCUGAGAAACCACGAACUGAUCCUCUUCGCUGACUUGCCCUGUCAGUAUCGUCGCCUGGAUGUGCCCCUGCCCGUGGGCUCCCGGGGCCCUCUAACUGUAGAGGAGACCCCCAGGGUCCUGGGAGCUGCUCGUGCUGCCAGGCCUCCGUUGGCUGAGGACUCGGAGGAGGAGGCAGAUUUUUCUUCUGAAAGGUGUAUGGAGAAAGACUCAAGGACCGCAUCUUCCCCUUUGACAACAGUAGUUCCAGAAAGCGAUGAUGAGGGACCUUCUCCAGCUCCAGGUGGCUCUGCGCCAUCUUUGGCUUUCAACUUGGACAGUGACACCGACAAGAAUGAAGCAGCGAAGCCCUUCUCAGUGGUGAGGAACAGUGCCACGAAGGCAGAGCAGCCUGGCGGUGACAGAGUCACACGUGACCCCCGGCCAAUAAAGGCUCCACCUGCAGUAGAGAGGGACAAAGACAUGGAAGUCAGGAGAGAUGCACGGAACAAGGUGGUUCUGAAAAGGAGCCACUGUCUAGACGAGGACAGUGACACAGAUGUCGACGAAGACAGCGGGGCAGCCAGGCUCCACCUGAAAGCACAGCCUUCAGGCUUCAUGGACAGUGACAGUGAUGUGGAAGAGGGCAUCCCUGUGACCCCAGCUGCAGUUCCCGUGAAGAAGAGGCCGAUCUUCCAUGUAGCUGGAAGAGCAGGCCCUGGAGCCCCCGGCGCAGCACUUGUGCAGGAGAGCCCAGCUGGUAGUGAUGCGGGUGUGGAAGAGCACAAACCCCCGCCAGCAGGAAGCCAGACUUCCAUGGCGAUUGACAGUGACACAGACGAUGAGGAAGAAGUCUCCGCGGCGCUCACCUUGGCACGGCUGAAAGAGAGUGGAGCUAUUCGGUGGAAGAGAGACUCAGAUGCAGAAAAGGCCAGAGCCCAGCUUGUGGUCUCUUUGGAACACAACCAAACCGCCUUGGGGAAAGACAGCGACACCGAUGUGGAGGAAGAGAGGCUCCCAGUGGGAAAGAGGGAAACUGUCCCUAGUGCUUACACAGAGAAGGGUGAGGGCCCUGUUACAGCGCACUCUGGAGAAAGCCGACUGCCCCAUGGGGACAGCGAUGUGGGUAGGAGCUCCCAUGGGACCCACCCAGAGAGAAGCCAAGCCUCUCCCGCCACAGUGCACAUCAAGACAGAAGCAGAGGAGGACGUCCCACCAGCGCCAGCCGUUUCACAUCUGGAGAGCUGUCAGGUGUCUGUGGAGGAGGACGCAGCCUCAGCAGUGGCAGCUGUGAGACAAAGCAAGCCUCUGGCCAAAGGGGAUGCUCAUGAGACAUCUCCAGAAGUGGGGGCCCCCAGCAGGGCUCCUGUGACACAAGGGGAGCAGGUGGUGCACACAGGAACCCCAGGAAACCCCACCCCGCCACAGAGAGCAGGAGCACAGACGCCGGCAGGAAGGAAGAGGAAAUCGUAUUUGGCCAGGACCGGAGGCUCCAGAGACAGCUCUGAUGACUGUGAAGAUCUGGAUCUUCAAGCUACCCAAUGCUUUGUGGAGAAUGAGAGCCUGGAAGCCGUCCAGGGUUUGGAGGAUGAACCUACCCAGGCCUUCCCCUGUGCGCUCUCCCCAGAGCCUGGCCCUUCCCACUGCAGCACUCAGGCCCCAGGUGCACUGGAUGAGCCGUGGGAAAUCUUGGCUACUCAGCCCUUCUGUGUGGGAGAGCCCGAGGCCUCCGCAGCCCAGCCCAUGACCACCUUCCUGGAAGCCUGCAGACCUCACCAGCAUCCUGGGAGCUCGGGGCACACGAAGCCACUGGGGACCAAGGGCAGAGCGACGCAGACUGUGGAGAGAGAUAGGGGUACAGCAGGAGAAACAGCAGAGAGGGUGACCCCCGAGAGAGGGACGCCAGAGAGGGACAUCCAGGAGUGGCUACCGGGAGAAAGCCCAGAUGAGCUGGAGGAGGAAGAGUUAACUAGGAGGAUAAAGGACAGGGAGCAGAAGCAGGUGUUAGCUGGAGCUGCUCAGAGCCCAGAGUCUGGCAGAAAGGUAGAAAGUGUGAGUCCUGAAAGGGGCAGGGCGAGCCCGACAGGGGAAGUGGAGGCAUCAGAGGAGACAGGAGAGGAAGACGUCCAGAGAGAGACCCCUGCGAGAGAAGCACUUGAGGGAGUUGUGGAGAAAUCGGGGCCAGAAGCAGAGCGUGGGCUAGCAGAGGCCGGGUUGGCAGUGGCCCUGGAGACGGGAGAGACGGAGCGAGGGCACGGGGACCCGGAAGAGCAGGCUGCCCGAGCAAGCCCAGAGCCGGGAGUGGGGGUGGAGUGCCAGUCAGGUGGAGCGAGGGGAGCCCCAGGGAGCCCCAGCGGGCAGCCCAGAGGCCACGUGGAUGGCAAGAUACCACCUGUUGAGCACGCUUCUGGGGGUGACCUGGAGUCUCCAGAUGCUUGCCUGCCCGCUGCAACGCCGGAAGCCUCCAUCCCACCCCCAGGCCCCUUUCCCUCUCAGCGCCCCCUUUCUCCCCGUGCAUCUUCUGAGCCAGCCAUUCCUAGGGCCAGGCGCACUGGGAGGCGGCAGGCUCCAGAGCCUGCCGUGUCCUCAGAGCUGGAGACUUUCCCGCCAAAGCCCAGUGUCAGGUGCCGGCCCUCCUCUAGAACGGCACCCGCUUCACUUUCCUCUGCUGCCCACACGCCCCAGCCCCACCUUCCCACUCCUGCACAGCAGCCUGCUCCCUCUGAGCCCACAUCUCGGGCCAGUCAGGCCAGGACACGGAGGUCCUCUGCCAAGAGCCCUGAAGCUUUUGAGCCCACAGCCCCUGAACUCCAGCCCACCUCCCCCACCGACCAGCCUGUCCUCCCCAAGCCCACACCUCGGGCCGUGAGGGGCAGGAGGAGUCGGUCCUCUGUCAAGGCGCCCGAAGCAGCUGACCACACAGCCCCUGAGCUGCAGCUCUCCGCUUCCACGUGCCAGCCUGACACCCCAGGCCCCCCAGCUCGGGCCACUCGCGGCAGGAUGAAUAGGCCCUGUGCCAAGACCCCUGAAGCAGCUGAACCAGCGGCCCCCAAGCUCCAGCCCUCCACCUCCACAGGCCAGCCUGUCACCCCCAAACCCACACCUCAGGGCAGGACAACUAGGUCCUCUGCCAAGACCGCUGAGCCAGCGGACCCCAAGGUCCAGCCCUCCACCUCCACACACCAGGCUGCCACACCUCAGGCCACUCAAGGGAGACCGUGCAAGUCCUCCGUCAGGAGCCCUGAACCGGUCUUCCCCACAAGCUCUGAGCUCCAGCCACCCUCCACAGACCAGCCUGUCAGCCCAGAGCCUGCUGCUCAGGCCACUCGAGGCAGGACGAGGAGGUCCUCUGUCACAACCCCCGAAGUAGCUAAGGCAGCGGCCCCCAAGCUGCAGCUCUCUGCCUCCACAGACCAGCCUGUCGCCCCCAAACACACACCUCGGGCCACUCGGGGCCAGAUACGUAAAUCCUCUGUUGAGACUCUUGAACCAUCAGCCGCUGACAUGGAGCCUCCCACCUCCACAGACCAGCCUGUCACCCCCGAGACCAUAGCUCAGGGCAGGGCCCCCCGAGAACCCCAGCCUCCUGUCACCACAGAUUAUGCCCAUGAGCCCAUCCCUCGAGCCAGUUGCGGUAGGAAACAGCGGGCCGCUGGGAAGCAUGGCUCCCUCACAGCUCCCGGUGUCCACCAGCCUUGCUCUGAACCUGCAGACCAAUCCACAGGGAACCAGCGGGCGGGCAGGCCGAGAGCAGCUGCGUCCCUUGGGACCGUUUCUGGGCCUUCCUUUCCCCAGCUCCCUGAGGCACCUGUUCAGGUUCUCCUCGUCCCAAAGACAGAAGCGGCAGAUAGCCCAGAGUCCACCCCAGAGCCACGGCCUGCAGCCUCUCAAAGGCACAAGAGGCCUUACCCCAGUACGAAUUUACCCCCUCUUCUAAAGUGGCCCCAAAGAGAGGGCUCCCCAAAGACUGUGUUCCCCAAGGAAGAGGAAGAGGAUACUGCAGAGAGGCCCAGGAAUGCAGAGGAUGUGGUGACUCCAGGACCAGGCAAAAGGAAGAGAGACCAGACGGAGCCACCCCGGGAAGUUCCAAAACGUGGCCUCCGAAGGAACAAACCUACUCAGUCAUCAGCAACCCCCAGAGUCCUCUUCACAGGAGUGCUGGAUGCCCGAGGGGAGCAGGCCGUGCUGGGCCUGGGGGGCAGUCUGGCCAGCUCAGUGGCAGAGGCCUCCCACCUGGUCACCGAUCGCAUCCGCCGGACAGUCAAGUUCCUGUGUGCCCUGGGGAGGGGCAUCCCCAUCCUCUCCCUGGAGUGGCUGCAUCAGUCCCAAAAGGCGGGCCACUUCCUGCCCCCCGAUCGGUAUGUGGUGACGGACCCCGAGCAGGAGAAGAACUUCGGCUUUCGCCUUCAGGAUGCCCUAACUCGGGCUCGGGAGCAAAGACUGCUGGAGGGCUAUGAGAUUCACGUGACCGCUGGGGUCCAGCCCCCGCCCCUGCAGAUGGCAGAGAUUAUCACCUGCUGUGGAGGCACCGUCCUACCCAGCAUGCCCCGAUCCUACAAGCCUCGCAGAGUGGUGAUCACCUGCACCCAGGACUUCCCACGCUGCUCCCCUGCAUCCAGGGCUGGCCUGCCCCUGCUUUCUCCAGAGUUCCUGCUCACCGGAGUGCUGAAGCAGGAAGCCAAGCCCGAGGCCUUCAUCCUGUCCGCGAGGGCACUGCCAUCCACUUGAACACUCCAGUGCACAUCUCCCUGCCUGCCCGAGCACAGCUGGAAGAGGGGAGCUGGGGCUUUAGAAGACCUUGGUGCUCUAGUGUGACCCGUGCUGGUACAGGCCAGGGUCCGAGGCUUUCUGGGAAAAGAGGAAGGCAGGAAGGGUUAGAGCCACAGACAUUCUACAGUGGCCAUCACUGCCAGGUGUGUGGUGCACCUGUAAUGCUGGCAUUCUGGAGGUUGAGGCAAGAGGACUGCAGGUUCAAGCACCUAAAUGAUUUAACAA